UUACCUGUCAUGGCGGUAAAAGUUGCAAUUGAUUCAGUUUACUAAUGUGUUUGUCUUGCUUUCUCACUUGGUCAAACACUUGACUUGUAGUAAGUGUGUUUGGUUAAAGAGAAAUGUAUCAAAUCUUGAUUUGUGUUUAAUGAAAUUAAAUGACAGAGUCGUGAGUCGUUGUAAGUCGACCUGAACCGAAGCUAGAUUGCUGACAAACACUUUUUGAAAAAUGUCUAAACAAGUUACGCUCUCAAAGUUCUUUGCUGCAAAGAAUCCCAAAUCGUCAGGAAACAGUUUUGCCACUGACGAAGAGACCCUGUCAAAACGAAAUGGAAAGAAUGGUAAAUCAUCAUCAUCAUCAUCCAAAAGAAAACAAUCUCCUAAGGAAAGUAACAACCCCAAACCACCCAAAAAGACUUGUCUAAGUCCUCCAAGCAAUGGCAUUAACAGCUGUCAGGAACCAAUCCCAUCAACCACUGCAGCUAGCCCAAAGACUCCAUUAGGAAAACUUACAGAAAAUACACUGAAGAGACUGUCUGAGUUCUCAGCUGACUGUGAGCCAUCGACUUCAUACACAGAUAUAAAACAAAAAAGUUAUGAGAACAAUAAGACUCGGUCAGACAGCCCACCACCAAGUACGUCCAGCUGUGAGAAUCCCGUGUGUUUGGACAGUAGCGACGAUGAAGUCAUGGAGAUUCAGGGUGUCAGCAGGCAGUCCAACCUUUCGGGUAGAUUUGCUUCAGGAAAAAACACUUGGAAACCAAAGGUAGCUGCUAUUGUGAACAAGACAACUAAGACUAAAUAUACUCCCCUUGAGCAGCAGUUUAUGGAGAUCAAGGAACGGUAUCCUGAUUCCGUCCUCUUUGUGGAGUGUGGUUACAAGUACAGGUUCUUCGGAGAUGAUGCAGAGAUUGCAGCAAAGGUGUUGAAGAUAUUUGCCCACCCUGAUCACAACUUCAUGACAGCCAGUAUUCCCACUCAUCGCUUGUUUGUGCAUGUCCGCAGGCUAGUGUCUGCUGGAUACAAGGUUGGUGUUGUGAAGCAGACCGAGACCGCGGCCCUGAAGGCUGCUGGCAGCAACAAGGCAGGGCCUUUUGGCCGUAAACUGUCAGCCCUCUACACCAAGUCAACACUCAUUGGGGAAGAUGUCGACCCACUGUCUGGUGUAGGGGACACGGAUGCUGCAUCACCCGGGGUCCAUCCCAACAACUACCUCAUGUGUGUGUACGACUCUCCCACGGGACUCCGCAAAGGAAGCAAGCACGAAAUUGGGAUGCUGGCUGUGGACCCUGGUACUGGCGAUGUGGUGUAUGACUGUUUCGAGGAUGGUGACACAAGAGCAGAGCUUGAGAAGAGGAUAACACACAUACAACCAGUUGAGAUGCUGCUGCCAGACUCGCUGACUAACAGGACAGAGAAGCUCAUCAGUGAUGUUGUGGCCUUGAGUUCAACCGAGGAUGAUCGAAUACGACUGGAACGGUUAGGAGAUGACAACUUUUUGUACAGCCAAGCAUUUGAAACAGUUUCUGGCUUCUAUUCUGGAACCAGCCUUCAGUCAGUGGUCAACCUACCCAAGCCUGUCAUCUGCUGUCUCUCAGCUAUCAUUGUCUACCUCAAAGAUUUCCAUUUACAGAAUGCACUACAACUUACAAGUAAUUUCACCAAGUUUUCCCUCAAGUCCAAGUUCCUGCAGCUAGGUGGCAGCACUGUGCGUAAUCUGGAGUUGUUUCAGAACCUGACCGAUGGCCGCCAGAGAGCCACAUUGUUCUGGGUCAUCAACCACACUGUGACAAAGUUUGGCUGUCGGCUGCUUAGAUCCUGGCUUGCUAAUCCACUAAUGGAUGUCAGUGCUAUCCGAGAGCGACAGGAAGCUGUGGAGGAGCUGGGCUGUGGUACCCUGUCUGGCCUUGUCAAGCUCCGAGAUGUCCUGGCGAAGCUGCCAGACCUGGAGAAGGGGCUGUGCUCCAUCUACUACAAGAAGUGCUCCACAGGUGAAUUCUACCUGGUGUGUAAGGCUCUAGAGAAGAUGUUUCGGGAGAUGAAGACUCUAUCCAGCUCUGUAGGAGACCAGGUGAAAUCCACUUUGAUAAAAACAAUAUUGACUGAAGUGCCUGGCCUGCUGGGGGAGGCGAAGAGCUUUUCUGGACUCAUCAAUGAGAAAGCUGCAAGAGAGAAUGACAAACCCAACCUGUUCAGUGAUGAGAGUAAAUUUCCGCAGAUUGUCGGCAGAAAGAAAGAGAUGGCCGAUGUACAACUAGACCUGAAGGACCACCUUCGAGAUGUCCGCCGCACCGUCAGACAGCCUGCUCUCAACUACGUCACUGUGUUACAGACAGAGUUUCUGGUUGAGGUUCGGAACACCCAACUUAAACUGGUACCCUCCGACUGGACCAAGAUUAGCAGCACGAAAGCAGUAAGCAGGUUCCACACACCGGUCAUUGUGGAGAAGUACAAGCUGUUGAACCAGCUGCGGGAACAGUUGGUGCUGGACGCCACAGAUGCAUGGAGGGACUUCCUACAGGAGUUCUCAGAGUUCUACCUGCAGUUCAAGAGGGGAAUACAGCACCUGGCUACUCUAGACUGUCUCCUGUCUCUGUCCACACUUGCUCAGCAGAACGGAUACUGCAGGCCUGAAGUGGUGGAUGAUGCAGUGUGUGUGGAGAUUGAUCAGGGCCGACACCCAGUCAUAGACAUUCUCAAGGCCGAUCAUGAACAGUUUGUGCCCAAUGAUACACAGUUACAGGCAAGUGGGGAGCGAGUAAUGAUUAUCACUGGACCCAACAUGGGAGGCAAGAGCUCGUACAUCCGACAAGUGGCCCUGAUCUCCAUCAUGGCACAGAUCGGGUCGUUUGUCCCAGCCGACAGAGCGACAAUUGGUGUGCUAGAUGCUAUAUACACAAGAAUGGGUGCAGCUGAUGAGAUCUUCAAGGGGCGCAGCACCUUCAUGGUGGAACUGGAGGAGGCUUCCGACAUCAUGGCUCACGCUACAGAGAGGUCCCUCGUCAUCAUGGACGAGCUUGGCAGGGGAACAUCUACCCACGAUGGAGUCGCCAUUGCCUAUGCCACCCUCAACUUCUUUAUCAAAGAAGUGAAGAACUUGACCCUGUUUGUGACCCACUACCCCAUGUUAUCGGAGUUUGAGGGAACGUAUCCAGACAUUGUCGGCAACUACCACAUGUCCUUCCUGCUGCAUGAUGAUGAGGAUGACAGUGAUGUGAUCACCUUCCUCUACCAACUGGUGCGCGGGGUCGCUGCCAAGAGCUACGGUCUGAAUGUUGCCAGGCUGGCAGACAUAGCAACAAACAUCAUCAAACUGGCCACUCAGAAAUCGUCCGAAUUCGAGCAGAAGGUCCUCUGCAAAAGAAAAACCAUGCAAGUGUUACUCUCCUGUUUUGGAAGCGAGUCUGACAUACUGCAAGCUGUGAAAACCUCUUGUGACACAGACGUUUGACGUCAAGCUGCAAAGAAAAUUCAUGUUCAAAUUCCCAAAACCUGCACAUGGAAUAUAUUCAAGCAUUGUGCUUACUGCAGACAUUGAUGGUUGUUGCAUGUGCCUUAACAGUACUGGAGAAGAACAUGGUCACAAUAUUUUCACUGCUGGACCUGUUCAUUACUUUACAUCCUUAAUUACCCAGUGCCAUUCUACUAUGAUAAAUACCCUGGACCCAUUCGCUACCAUGGCUUUGUUUUGAGUGAGUGAGUGAGUGAGUGAGUGAGGUUUUACACCGCUUUUAGCAAUAUUCCAGCAACAUCACGGCAGGGGACACCAGAAAUGGGCUUUGAGCCCUAUUUGAAUGACACAAGGCGAAAGUAGAGCUAUCCAUUCAACUUAAUUCAGGCUCUCUCCUGCUACAUACUAAGUUAGAGAUAGAGGUGGUGAUGUCACUCCUGAAAGAGGCUGUGGUAGCAGUUGGGUCCAGGAUAUGCAUCUUAAUAGAUGUGAUGUAAUACCCUGGAUCCUCGAGGAUGAGUCUGCACACUAUGUCUGCGCAUCAUUCACUCAAUCAAUCUCAAGAGUGGACAGCUAAGACAAAAAUAAAAUUAUGUACAGAAACUAA